UGAAUCAGUGCAGUUCUAAUGCACACCAAUCAGCGAUCAGAUAAAAGUAAAUAUAAAGCCACUAACUAUUUGUCUUGUGGUAAAAUAACACAAUUGUUAAGAGACAGCAUGUUUAACAAAACGUGGCUCACUAUCAUAUCGUCGUUUUUCAUCUAUAUCAUGUUUCUGCCAUCAUCUGAAUCAGCCGCCCUCCUCAGAUGGUUAUGUACUUUUAUUAACAUCACUUUGCUUUGUAACGAGGCUACGGAAGCAGCUGUGGUGGCAGUAAGUCUCGAUUAAUAACUGUUUGAAAUGACAUUCCUGUUUGUCGCAUGUCUAACAGAUAAUACUCUUAAGCAAUAUGCGGAUAAACAUCUUUAAACUUCAGCUAAACCUGUGGUGAUGAAUAUGUUUGGACGAUAAUGACUCAGUACAUCAUGAAUGUUACGACGUUUUACUGAAGACUGGAAGACAACUAUUCUUUGUACUAUUGUUUUCAUGUUAAUGUCAGACCCACACUUAUUGACCAAGAAGUGAAGUGUGAUCAAGUAUUUUUAAAGGAAGACACCAUUAGCUUGUUAAUGUCUACACGGCAGAGACUGUGUUGUAUCUGUUUGAUGGUGUCUUAGUCUUAUGUCUGUCAACCUUAACUGAUUCUACAGCAUCAACAAUAUUGUUUUGUGUCAUUUCAUUGUUAACCUCAUUGAUAAAUGGCAAUCGUUAACUUGUAAUUUGACACCAUCGACGUUUGAACUUUUCGACAUGGAUUUUAAAAAGAUUGACAUUGACGCACAUGCUCUGAGUUCUGUUCAUACAUUAAUUUGAUUCGGUUAGUGCAUGAGUUAUCAUGUUCAAGGAUCAAUUUGUUUGAAAUCCAACCUGAAUUAAUUUUGUGAAAUUGAAUGUGUAUAUGAUAGGCGACUGGUGAUGGGGGUGCCGUAAGUUUCAUAACUUUGACGUUUUUCAAACUUCUUGAAACCGUCCUAAUGGAUUUUGUGAAAUUAUUUUUUCCAUUUGACUUAAACACACUGGACAUAGCACAUUAGCAGGAAAACCUCAGUAAUAAACUGCUGGAAGAAGUAAUAUGUACAAUAUGGAUAUAUAUAUAUAUAUUUAUAAUAAUAUAUAAUAUAUACAAUAUAGAUUUACAUAAUAUAUAUAAUAUAGAUUUAAAGAGUUAUUCGUUAGGGAAAAUGCAUUCACGUAGAGAGAAAAUUACAAUUAUUGUGUUCCAGGUUUAACUGAAUAUUGCUUCAGUUUUAUUUUUUUACACUUCACUGAAGUGAUUACCAAUGAAGACGGAUGAUUUUUUGAUGGUAGGGAGUAACAGUACCCGUUGUAAGUCGUUAUGAUGACCUGCUUACAUUUUAAUACUACUAUAACUAUGUGAGCGUAUGCUUCGUAAAGUAAUUUUACUCGUUUCGCACUAUAUGCUCUUCAAAUUUAAUCUCGUAAACGCAUUAUGCCCCAGGACUUCUCCUGAAGAGCAAGUAAGAUCAGAUGUAACAUCACAGAAAGAGUUAUGCUUUCUUCAGUGUGAAAGAUAUAUGCUGUCUAAAAUAAUGUCUUACUCAUACGUAUAGUAGGCAUAAAAUGACUCAUCUACUUCUCCACUGAUAUCAAAGAAACUAGACGAGGCUGCUUGCUAUCUCCAAUGAUUUUCUCGCUUGCGAUAUACUAGAUAAUGUUUCAACUACAGGUGGACGUCACUGAUGAGGAUAUUAAAGAGAAAGAAUGGCCACCUUUCGUUAAUCUUCGCGAGUCACGAAGAAGACUUCGGACAAACUGCAGAACAACAUCAACAGCUGCCUUUUCUCAGUACUACUCAAGAUCAGAUGACCAGCCAGAGAAAACCAGCAUCACGGAUCUCUGAGGAAGCUUAAACCCAGCAGUAAUCAACUGUGCAACAAAUAUAUAAGAAGACAUGGAUGAGGAUAGGCCUCAGUUCAAGAAAUCAAACAAGUGACGUCAUAUGCCAAGAUGUCGAAGCGAACCCGAGUGGGAAGGGUUCGAGUUGAUCGCCAAUACGAGGGUGACAUGAAUGAGGUCAUGUGAAGAGGAGAUCAUAGUAUUCGGGCAGACGUGAAGACAGGUGAACACCUCGGCGGAGAACCGAACGUAAUGGAGACGUGCGGUGGAAGCUCUAUGUUCCUCCAGGAAUUAAAGGAGGCAAUAAUAAUGAUAAUCUGAAGACAGAGGAUACCAGAAUUUUCAAAUUAAUAAAAUUUACCGACUUUUCUCUCAAAAUAAGCAAACGUACACUUUCAUUUCAAAUCGGUGACUUUGGAUUCGUACUUCUUCAUUCCCUAAAAUUUUCUUUACUUUUACAUCAAUAUAUCUGCUGUUGUGUUGAGGAUUUCAAACAUGAACAAUAGAUACAGAUUUAUUAGAUCAUCAAGUGUUUGUUUCCACACGCUCUAACUGUUGAUGCUGAUAUAAUAAUGACGGAGACACUUUCUCCUAAUGUCAAAUAUUUGUUAGAAUUUUCGAAAGAAAUCAUAGUAACUGACUCAAAAAUGUUAAACAUUCUCACUUGACUGCAGUAGAUGAAGUAUCUCAUAUACAUGUAACACGGAGUGAUGCAGCAUUAAUUACUGAAUAACGUUUAAAUCACAGUUUAUCGCCUAAGUGAUAUAAUUAUGAAGAAUAAAUUCUGCUCAAAACGUCAUCAAGUAAAUAAUACUGCAUCACUGAGUGUUUAAUGAUAUAAACGCAUCUGCUGUGAAAUUACAUUAGCUCCGACGGAGUUCACUUUAAUUAAUGUACUUUUAGACAAUAUAUUUUGAUGAUUAAUGAAGUCUCAGUACUGUCACUAGAGUAGCAGUGGUUUAUGAUGCGAAAUGCCAAGGAAGAUCUUGUUCUGGUUAUCUGAACAGUACAGCAUAAGCCUGUAUGGUCCUGAUGUUUAUAAAUAGCUAACCUCCCAAGGUUUCAGCGAAAAUCGCAUGUAUAUAUAUUAAAGAACGCUUGAUCGACUCGUAUGAAAUAUGUUUGGACUCUUCAAGUUAAAGAUCAACGUCAUUUUUAUGGUAAAUUUUUACAUGAUUUCACCAUAACACGCAGCUGCCUGAAAGUCCUUACAAUUGCUUCUUUGCAUAAGGUUCUUAUCUGAAUUAGAUUUAUUUAAUGUUGAUUUACUUCUGAACUCAUUCUUUGUAAGUUGAACACCAUUGAAAAUGUUUGAGGUGAACGCUUUCACAAUCGACGUACUAUUCUCAGCAAACAGAAUACCUGAAGGGAAAACUGGGUGAUUAUUUUAUGAAGGAACGUUAUCUCAGAGAUAAUGAUAACUAACCAUGUUACUGCCCCCCUUAUUUCUGAUUUACUUACGUUCUAAGUUUGUAAGCAUGAACUGAAUCUACUGUUUCCGAUAUGUACUAAAUUAUCGCAAAAGUCAUCUUUGAUGUAUAGAGGACUGAAUCAAAGGAAAACGGUGAUUGAUUUGCAUUUCAGAUAUUAAAACCUGUAACAUGUUCAGUUAUUACUUCGAUACUUGUUAGCUAUUUCCUGUCUCAUUAAUCUACAUGCUUAUUAAUGUUAUAGUCGACUUCAAUGAGCUGUUAAUGAAUAAAGCGAACGUGAAAUGCAUUCCCGUUCAUUUCGAAUCCUUGUGUGGUUGAUUUUGAAUAAAAUCACCCUAGUUACCUAUGUUCUCAUUGCACUUUACUUUCCAAAUUGCAUAUAGUUAAAGUUGUGAGAUGGUGAGUUUACUUGUUGCACAUUAUCUGGCAUAUACGAUUAUGGAUGAAUUGUAAAUAUAGCCCAUUUCAACGCAAACAUUAUCACGAUUUGGUUGAGAAUAAUAAACAAACUGUAGCACCACCGUAGUAAGCACCAUUUACAUGUGACAGAUGACAACUAUGGAUCGAAAACACGUGAAUUUCCAAUUUUUUUAUUGACUAAGAAGCACAACGUACUCAGUGGACAUUAGAAAGUAUUAGCAAUACUAUGUGUUCUCUCAACAGUUAUUUACAUCUCAAAUAUCGUGAUAAUUCAGAUUCAAACAAAGAUUAGAUAUGUUCUGUGACAGGGAGCUGAAAGCACUUGUGCAUCCAUCUUCACAUAAUGUCUCUCUUUCCAUAUUUCACUUUAUUUGAAAUAUGAUCGAUUCAAGAUUGAAAAGUCAUUCUAGGAUUAUUCGACACUCUAAUAUUUUUCAUGGAUAUGCGUGCACGUAAACUACGAAAUAAUCGGUUUCUUACAUCACUUGAGCAGUAUAUUUCAUAGGUCUGUGUAUGGUUGAAAUGUUCCAUAAUAUGAGAAGACAACUGAUAAAACGGCAUAAUUCUAUUUGUGCUCUUGAUUUUCCAUUUCAGCAAAUAAUAUGCUGUGUGUCGGUGGCACAGCUGUAGAACGCUUGUCAACCACGCAGGUGGUUCGACGUUUAACCCCAAGCCAACGUACUCCUUUAUCUAACUGAGCAACUAAUAAGACUGAUAAAUCGUAAGGGCUGGGCAUGGGGCUGGCAAUUCCAUCCCGUAAAAAAAGAUACUACUACUAAACAAAUGUGAAGCCCUAUGUUCCUAGAGAAAUAAAAUGACUGAGGGUUAACAGAAGUUUCCACAGCCAAGCUUCAAAAAUAUAAAAUUUGUUGAGUAAUCAUUGUAUGAAGAAUCUUUCAUUAAUUCAAGAAAUUGAAACAAUAGUUAAUGAUUCCUAUUUAUUAUUUACAUAUGUUAAAUGCUUUUCGAUGUUUUAAUUUAUUUGAAAUAAAAACUUUCACUUGGCUGGAUCUAAAUGAAAAUUAGUACUGCAUGUUGCCUCAGGGCAUAAUUCCCUCAAAUUUGUGAAAAUUCAAAGAAACAAGUAUUCAGAGAUUGCCUGUAUACCCUGAUCUCCCAUUGUCUUUGAAUAAAAUUUCCCUUGCGGAUUAAAUUGGUAUUUAUUAUGUUUUUCUUUUUAGGUUGCACUAACUUCACGGUCAAUGAUGUCGUGUUGAAAUUUUACUUUUCAAACCUUGUUGGCAGUCAUGACACAAAUAUAAUUAUAUAAGGUUUCCAUCGUCCUUUCUCUUCACCCAGACGUCACUAUCAACGUAGACUAUGUAGUCGAACUUUUUUUCUAAUUGAGUUUGUGGGUUUGAAUGCCACUUUUAUUCCUGCCUUGUUAAGAAUUCUGCGUAAGGCUUCCGAGGUUCCUUCUUUGUAUGGAAUUAUUGUUGAUGAUUUACAUUCCUUAUUGUUGGUGUCGUUAUUAAUAUUAUUAUUAUCACUAUUAUUAUUACCAUUAUUAUUAUUGUUAUUAUUAUUAUU